AUGGCAGGGGCUGGGAAACAACAUAAGUGCAAGUACUGUAACUACAAAACAAAAAAUAAAGCAGAUCUCAUCAGACAUAUAAGGACUCACACUGGAGAGAGACCCUUCAGCUGUGAUUCCUGUGACUACAAAGCAAUAACGAAAUCAGCUCUCACCCAACAUUUGAUGAUUCACACUGGAGAGAGACCCUUCAGCUGUGAUUUCUGUGACUACAAAGCAACAUGCAAAUCAUCUCUCGCCAUACAUAUAAGGACUCAAACUGGAGAGAGACCCUUCAGCUGUGAUUUCUGUGACUACAAAGCAACAUGCAAAUCAUCUCUCACCAUACAUAUAAGGACUCACACUGGAGAGAGACCCUUCAACUGUGAUUUCUGUGACUACAAAGCAACAGACAAAUCAACUCUCACCAAACAUUUGAGGAUUCACACUGGAGAGAGACCCUUCAGCUGUGAUUUCUGUGACUAUAAAGCAACAAGGAAAUCAGCUCUCACCCAACGUUUGAUGAUUCACACUGGAGAGAGACCCUUCAGCUGUGAUUUCUGUGACUACAAAUCAAUACAGAAAUCAUCUCUCAACAGACAUCUGAGGACGCACACUCAAGAUAGACCCUAG